GGCGGGCGGUGGGGGAGACGGUUAUUGAUGGCCGAGUGGCCCGACUUUACACGCCUAAAAUCGUAGGAGGAAGGGAGGCAUUUCCUAAGAAAGAAAGAUGUUGUCAAGGAAAUGGAGCAAUGAGUUUUUAUUUCAACCUAGUAAGAAUCUAAAGAGGUCGAAGAGAUGAAGUAUGGUCGAUAAGAAGCUCAGGAGGUACGAUGAGUUCUGAGCUUGCAAUAAAGUUUAUGGCCAAUUGUUUCUGUGGUGCAUCAUCCAAAGAGAAGGAGAGCCUCGGAUGCUAUGUGGUGGGGGCUGGGUAGCCAGUUCCGGGAGGGAGGAGAGACUGAGGAUUGAUGGAUGGAUUGAUUGCCUGGAAAACACUGGUACCAAAGUUUAACUGGGUUACAACACAGCACGACCGAUCAGCAACAGGAUCGCAGACUUAACGAGCAGGUGGAGGACGAUACCAGGAGUCUGGUGCGUGGGCACAGACUUAAAAAUUGAAGUUGCUAUCCUUUAAACAGGGGAGACCUGUUGACAUGUUCCACCCGGAAAAUGAUGAAGGGUGUGAAAAUCAAGCGUAUUACCAUUCGGAAACACUGGAAAUGGACAGAAGGCCACAGGACUGGACGUUAGGUUACCAUUCCCGGUCUCCAGUACAGCCUCCGUACCAACUGCCUCCAUAUGAUUCACCAGAACUUCAGAGACGAUGGAACCAGCCACAGAUUAUACCGAUGAUAUCGAUCAGGCGAGAGCGUGAUGCUGCGAGCCCACGAGUCACUCGUAUGAAUCUGUAUGAAGACGAGGACAGAUACGUUAACCCGGGGUUUGAGCCCAUUCUGGAUGAUUUUGGAAGCUCUUCUUCAAGUACCUAUGAUGGAUACAAUGAGAGAGGAAGAUCCUUCCUUCCAGGCAGUGACACAGAUACAGAAACGUCAAGCAGAUCACAAGAUCGAAAACGAAGGCGCAGAAGCCUCGGUAACUCUAUUCAAGUCGGAUCCUUUGGUGGCUUAAGCUUAACCCGGUUUUCGUUUAAAAAACAUGAAGUCACCGAAGAAGAAAAAACAGCCAAACUUCAGAUUAUUUCGGAGCUGUUGAGCAUGUCACCCAAUGACAGAAUGAGGGCAAUCCAACAGUUAACGUUGUGCAUGAACGAGAAACGGCAGAUCAGGGCAAGUUCAUUUCCAGAGAAAAACCAACCAACAGAUCAAGUAGAGAACAUGAUAAAUGCUGGCACACAAUUCCUCUACAAUACACUAAUUGCCUUGAAACGCUUUCAUGAAAUCAUGUCGGAGACUAUUAAAUCAAUCCACCCCUGGCAGAGAUCCCUGAAAGUAAUCGGUGGGAAGUUUGGAACGAGCGUACUCUCCUACUUCACUUUCCUGAAGUGGCUGCUUAUGUUCAAUAUCUUGUCGUUCCUGAUUAACUUCAGCUUCAUUACCAUCCCACAGUCCUUUGAACACAAGCCCAACCACUUUGUGUUUACGGGCCUGGAUCUGCUGACUGGUGCAGGUUACUUUAGAGAAACUGUCUUUUAUUAUGGCUUUUAUUCCAAUACCACUAUUCAAAGGAACAGCAGUGCACCUGAAUAUGAUAUGCAAAUUGCUUACUUCCUGACAAUUGCAUGUUAUAUGGUGUUGUGUUUUCUGAGCUUGGUUUACAGCAUGUCAAAGAGCUUCAAUGAAAACUGUAUUGGUGUUGGAAUCAUUGCUGGUGCAGCAGCCAGGCUCCUCUGCUGCUGGGACUUCAACAUAACCAACGAAAGAACGGUAGCACUGAAGAAGAGGAGCCUUAGUACGCACUUGAAAGAACUUAUCUCGGAGAAAUUACACUACAAGCGGCAGCUAUCAAAAAAGCAGAGAGUAUUACGGAUCAUUAUUCAUUUGAUAGCGUGGAUCGUUUCCAUAAGCACUACAAUUCUUUGUUGUUAUCUUAUCCAUACAUUUUCCUCCAGAAAUUUUCAGAGGCUCAAGCGUUUCUUAAACAAACCCAAAAAGAUCAUCUGUUUAGAGUAUCUGGGGACCAACGAGGAAUAUCAUUCUUGGUACCAGUGGUUAGUUCACAAAAUGGAGAAACAUUACGGUUCAGCUAUGGAUGAUAAUGAUUCUUUACAGCGAAACCUUUCAGUGGCAGGUAUAUCAACAAUACUGCCCCAAAGAUCUAAAAUAUGGGCUGUUUUAACAAAAGAACUCAGUGGUGUUAAAUUUCACAAUGAAGCAUCAACAUUGCUGUUGCCUUUUUUAGUGGCAGUCAUCAAUCUGUUUGUGCCGUUAUUGUUCUCUUUUAUUGGCUUUGUGGAAAGAUUCAAAUACCCACGACAUGAGAUAUACGCUCUCAUUAUAAGGAACGUUAUGCUGAGAAUGUCAAUAAUUGUGGUUUUAUGUUACUACUGGUUGGAAGUAGUAGCUAACCACUUAGAGUGUUGGGAAACAUUUGUAGGCGAGGAUCUGUAUAGGCUUGUGGUGAUGGAUUUUAUCUUCUCACUCUUGGGAUCCUUUUUUGGAGAGUUCAUCCUAAGUGUCAUGGGGACUCAUUGCUGCAAAAGACUUGGCGUUCCAGAAUUUGACAUUGCAAGGAAUGUGCUGGGUUUAAUCUAUGCGCAAAUUCUGGCAUGGAUUGGAAUGUUUUUUGCACCUCUCUUACCAGCAAUACAGGUCAUCAAGUUCUUUGUAAUAUUUCACGUUAAAAAGGUUAGUCUAAUGAUGAACUGCCAGCCUCCUCGCAAGGUGUGGCGAGCUUCCCACAUGACAACAAUCUUUAUCUUCCUGCUGCUCUUUCCUGGUUUCGUUGGUGUCCUUACCUUGUUGGGAAUAGUUGUGUGGAAAAAAAAAUCUUCUGAGACCUGUGGGCCCUUUAGAGGAGUGCGCGCACCCUAUGAAUCAAUUUCCAGCUUUAUUGACCGACUAGAAGAAAAUUAUUCUGAACUCACGUGGUUUGUAUGGAUAUACAAAAAUUUGUUAGAGAAUUCAUUGUUCUUCUUCCUCCUGUCAACGAUGGUGCUUGCUGCGAUCUAUCUGUACUUACAAAUUAUAGACGGACGGAGAGUGAUGGUGGGACUCCUACAGGAGCAAAUUGCUCAUGAAGGAAAAGACAAAGCAUUUCUGCUGGGUAAGCUCAGUGCAUUACAAACCAGCAAGGAAGAGAGUGAGAUUGAACCACGGAAAUCAAGCCCUGAGCCUCCUUCGUCAUCACAUUAUGGAGCACCAGGAAGGUCAGCCUACCACAGGCGCAAGCAGAGAGCCUUCAGUGACUUCAAGAGGAGUAACAAAAUACAUCCAGUAUCUCAUGGAAACUCUACCAUCAGCGAUUACAGUGAAGAGUUGGAUAUGAUCAAUGAUUUUGAAAUGGACCGAGAACAACCACAAAAUCACUCAGGUGUAAGAAAUGGGGCUCCUAAUGCUCUUGCACUGGUCUUAUCUGCCAGGCAACAAGCAGAAGAGGAAAUGGACAUGGACUAUUAACCACUCUCGUAUAUGAGCAUCUGAAUGUCACAAGAUUUUCCCCUUCGUUGUUUUCAAGUUGUCUGCUGGUUUCAAUAACAAAUAAUGCAAAUACAUUUUUAUCCCAUUUGAAAACCUUUCUCCUACUCCGAAUUAAUGCCUGAAUGAUGUUAGAAACCAGAAUUAGACUCAGACGAAGUGUGUCUAUUUUGUACCUAAUGUAAUUAUAAUGCAAUGUCUCAGAUUGUUUAUUCCUAAAGAGAUUAUUUAAAUUUAUUUUAACAAAAUAACAUUUCAAAGAUAACAUGUAAAAUUGCUUGAAUAAAAAUCUUUGAAAUUUCUGAACAGGAAACUUGUCAUUAAUCUCCAUUCGGUAAAGUUUUAGCGGUUUUACACAGAUUUCCAUACUGCACACCGUGAAUGGAGUUGCAAAUGUUAUUCAGAGGGCUGUUGAAUUCUGCACCGUGGCCAGUCUGUCUUGUUACAGCUAUUUAAAUCAAACAUUCUUAGUCAUUCCAGACUUAUUUGCUGAAAUAUAUAGAAUGGCUGUUUGCAGAUUGUACAAUAUACAAAAGAUGUUCAUCAUCAAAGCACAAAUACACUGUUAUCACUGGCAUCUCAAUCACAUUCAACAAAAAUAAGUUUGGUACAUAUUUAACUAGCAGGAUAGUAAUCUUAGCAAUUAAUGACUUAAACAAUAAAAUACAUUACUGGCUUCAUCUUUAUUGAAUCAGAAUCUUCUCAAUUGCACAUUCUGCUUGUAAGUCUUCUCGGUUAAGAGUAACGCAAUAAGUUUACUAAAACAUACAAUAUUCUCUGUAAAUAAUUUAAAGAAAUUGACAUUGCCUUUAUCGAGAAACCUAAUACAAAAGCAGUUGAAGAGAAUCCCUUCAAUCCUUAUUCUGGUAAAUAACCAAUUAAGCACCAGUUACAGUAAUUUUCCCCAGCAAACUACUUGCUCUUAUGCAAUGAUAGUAUUUUCCCUGCCUUCAUCAGUGGAUUGUAAACAGAACUAGGCUCCUAGUCACAGACCCAUGGAUU